UGAAACAUAUUUGGUCGUUCGCUUUACCCUGAUUCACUUGGUUUGAGUAGCAGUGACACUCGUUCGGCGGCGGCGGUAGCAGGGUACUGUGGGCUUGGUUCUGUCGCUGUGGACGGGCCGGAGAUGGCGGAGUACAGUCAGACGGGUAUAUUAACGGCCCUGCUGCUGUUUACUGUGGUAACACUGAGGGAUAUUUAUGUGGGCCGCAACAGCAUGACUCAACAAGACAGCGCCGGACCCGACAUUCUCACACAGAGACCGAACAAACACACGUUCUACACGGGUCCGGUUCUCAAGUUCCAGUUCUGUAUUUCCUGAGGGUACAAUAAGGUGUUCCAGGAGUACUCCAGGUCCAUCAGCCAGCUGUACCCAGACAUCCGAAUCGAGGGAGAGAAUUACCCUCCCAAACCCAUCAACAAAUACUUAGGAAACUUCAUCUCCUAUUUCAAACUCCUUGCCAUUGCUUUGAUUGUGACUGGACAAAAUCCUUUCCAAAUGUUUGGAAUGAACACUCCAAGAAUAUGGUCCUGGGGACAGGAGAAUAAGAUUUUCUCCUGCCUUAUGGCAUUCUUCCUUAGUAACAUGUUGGAGACCCAUUUCCUCUCGACAGGAGCUUUUGAGAUUACAUUGAAUGAUGUACCAGUUUGGUCCAAGUUGCAAUCAGGAUAUGUGCCCAACAUUCAGGAGCUUUUCCAGAUCUUGGAUAACCACCUUAAGAUGAACCAGGUUGACAAGAUGAACUUUCCCUCACCGUAAUGCUGUUGUUUUUGCCAAGAGACAUGACACGGUGUCAAUCAACAUGCCUAAUUCAACCCAAGAGCAGUAUCAAGUGUCCUCCUCUCGUCCUCAGGUCUCCGGAGCUGUUUCACUGGUCAGCGGGACUGUAGACUGUGGCAUAAUGAAGGCCUGCGCUGCAAACAGCACGCUGUGAGCGCAGACUGGAUGCUUGGCCACCACACACACUCCUUCUGCCCGGCGACACACACCUUUGGAUCGACUACAUCUCUUCAGAGCAUCAAACUUCAUGCAUUUGUAGUAGGAGAGUCACAUGAGAGCUAAAGGCACUACAUUUAUUACUGAACGCUGAAGUUAGGGGUUUUUGUUUUUGUUUUUGGCCAGGGUAGUUCGAAUGGAAUGUUCCAUCUUUCUCAAGGGCAACUGUGAUGUUUUCUUAACGUAAAUGUCUUUAAAUGACCUUUAACAUGAUCAUGUGUUUGCACUGGUUUAGACUGUACUGUACUCGGGGUAGGCCUAUCUGACUUUUUUUAAUUAGUGAGAAUGUUUGUGUACUGCGGAAUCAUGCAGUUUCGUUAGAGUGAGCUUAAAUGAGUUUAACUGAGUUUAAAUGCUUGAAGCGGUACAUUUUUGUUUUGUUUGUCACAGGUUCGCUGGUUAGACUAAUAAGUACUGCAUGUGCUUAUUGGGGGAAUUAUUAAGGCCAGAUCUUCUUCUGCUUAGACUUGCCGGAGCACUGCCAGAGUAAUCUGUGGAAUUGUUUUAAUGAUGAUGUGAUUGAGAGUGCUGCAUUUCAGAAGAUGUGAAUGGAAAUUCCAAAGACAACCUGUAUUUUUCCACCUCUCUCCAUAUAGACAUGGCGGCAAGCAAUGCACCCCUGAUAUUUUAGUGUACCUCUCUGUGAAUUUGUAACAACAGUGAUACCGAUAGUUGGGAUUAAGUUGCAUUGAGAGAAUAUAUUUUACUUUGUUUCACAGUGAUGUAAAAUCAAGAUUCCAAUAAAUAAAAAUGUGAUUGUGAA